AUGGUAGACCUCGGUGUAUCUGGACGUACCAAAGCGGAUUCCAAUGAGAUUAAACAGAACGACAUCUUAAAGGGCCAGCCCACGUUGGUCCGAUGGUACAUCGAUGUCAGACGUUGGGAUGAAAAAUUCUUUGACCUUCCUUUUCUCCAAACUCUAACUGAGUCCGAUCAGGUAGCUGUCAAAAAGUACUAUCAAACUUCGGACAAGCGCCUGUCCUUGGCCUCCCAGCUACUGAAAUAUUACUACGUUCACCAAGCCACUGGCACUCCCUGGAGCAAGGUUAAGAUUCAGCGUACUCCUAUUCCCGAAAAUCGUCCAUUCUACGACUCAAGUCUUGAUUUCAACGUCAGCCACCAGGCUGGUCUCACUUUGUUCGCAGGCACGCGUGCCGCAACAGCCCACUCCUUAACCGGCGAACCACAAGGCUUGCCUCGCGUGGGAAUUGACAUUGCCUGUGUUGACGAACCCUCUCGCCGUCGUGCUAAUCGUCCACCGAAAACUCUUGCCGACCUGGCAACUUUCGUGGAUGUCUUCAGUGAUGUUCUCUCACUCCGUGAGCUUGCGACCAUCAAGAACCCGUACGCGACUCUUAAAUUGGCUCGUGAGCUUGGUCUGAGUAAAAUUGACCCGAGAAAAGACAACGAGGAAGUUCUUGCUGCCUACGGCAUUCGGCUGUUCUACUCAAUUUGGGCUCUCAAGGAGGCUUACUUGAAAAUGACCGGGGACGGCCUUCUGGCCUCUUGGAUAAAGGAUCUGGAAUUCACAAAUGUCAUUCCCCCAGAACCCGUACAGAAACUUGGAUUUCCAGGUCGCCCUCUCACUCCUACAACUCUCAAUGCGCCCUCAGUCGAAAAUUGGGGCCGGCCUUACUCCGAUGUCAAAAUAUCCUUACGUGGCAUUCCUGACCAUUCUGUGCGCGUUCAGCUCGUCGGCUUCGAGUCCGACUACAUCGUCGCUACAGCCGCUUCAGGCCCUAAUAUUGGAGCCAUUUCGCAGCAGAUGGCCGUGAAUGGCAGCGAUCACCACCUACCCGGGUAUAUCACAGCCCUCGACCCUGAAAUUGAACCUCAGAACGUCCGCAUCCCCCCCAACGCGCUUCGCACAGUCGGCGACCGGGACCCCUGGUGCGUUGGCUCGGCGAUCAUAGACCCCUGGUUGCCCAUGCAGGAGGUUGAUAUUGACAUCGAUAUUCGGCCCUGUGCCGAGGGCCGCUGCGAGCACCUACGGAACCUAUCAAGCUUCUAA